GUUUGACGUUGUGGAACGUAUUCAUUUUUUAUUUCAAGGAAGGGUAGUGAAAAUAGAAGCUGUGGAAUGUAUUAAUGAAAUAUCCACUCAAACUAUUUUGUAUGAAUGUAUCAUUUUCAUUCACACUGAUAAGCAAAAUAAACUUUUGAAGAAGCUCUCAAUGCUGAUGGGAGUGAACUCAAGGAGAUCCACACACUUUCUAAAUAGAAUCUUAACUCUCCAUUAAGAAACUCUCCCAGACAUUUCAUAUCUUUUGAAGAACUUAAAAAAAAAAAAAAAAAAAAUAAACACAAAAUCUAGACAAACAAUGUUAUAAACCGUAUUUAUGUCAAAGCUACUUAAAAUAUGAACUCAUAUAAGAGCUCUAUUGUACUUGUAUAAUAUAAAUCAUAAAAAUUCGAUAAGAUUGUUUUAUUGGCAGUCUUAGGAAAUCUCAACGAGGAAUUUUAUAAAGAGCAGUGCUAGGUUUAUGCAAAAACCUAUGCUCGAUGGACGUAUUGUUGGUGGAGAAGCAAUAACCAUUGACGAAAAUCCUAUUCAGAUUUCUUUACAACGAUCCGGCAGCCACUCGUGUGGAGGAUCAUUGAUAAGUGAACGUUACGUUCUUACAGCCGCUCAUUGUGCUGUUGGAGUAAAAGCUUCCUCACUGACAAUACGCAUUGGUUCAUCUUUCUAUGCUAGCGGUGGUCGUAAGGUUCAAGUUACUAAAACUAAUUGCCAUCCCCAAUACAAUGCAGCAACUAUUGAUUAUGAUUUCUGCGUUUUGGAAUUGGAAGACUGGGAUCCCACUGGAUUGACAUAUGGAUUUGCUAAACUACCUGAAGCUGGACAAGACGUUGCCGAUGGAACUUUAUUGAGAGUUACUGGAUGGGGAAAUACCCAGAAUUCAUAUGAAUCUCGUUCUCAGCUUCGUAGCACCAUAGUACCCAAGACUAAUCAGGAUGAAUGCAGUAGGGCAUAUAAGAGUUAUGGUGGAGUUACUCCUCGCAUGAUCUGUGCUGGUCUCAAAGAAGGUGGUAAGGAUGCCUGUCAAGGAGAUUCUGGUGGUCCAUUGAUGGAAGACGAUAUUUUGGUUGGAAUUGUUUCAUGGGGUUAUGGAUGUGCUGUAGCUAAUUAUCCAGGUGUACAUUCUCGUGUGGCAUCAGUUCGCGAUUGGAUUAAGUCUGUCAGCGGUAUUUAAAUCAGUAUAAAGUUUUAUUCAAAUUUGAAUAAAA